CGCGGAGCCGCCCCACGCUGGAGCGCCGGGGCCCGGCGGCGGUGCUGGGAGUCGGGUACCAGCCCCCGGCGCCCCCCGCCGCCGGGGCCCCGCUGACCCCGCCCAAGAGGAUGAAGAAGCGCAAGGAGCUCAACGCGCUCAUCGGCCUGGCCGGCGACGGCCGCCGGAAGAAGCUGCCCAAGAAGGGGUCGGGCCACCGGCUGCUGCGCACCGAGCCGCCCGCCUCCGACUCCGAGUCCAGCUCCGAGGGCGACGAGGACGAGUUCGGGACGCCGGGCACCCGCUCCCGCUUCGCCAAGGGAGAAUACCUGCGAUGCUGCAAGUUCUGUUAUCCACUAUGUGCUUUUGUCAUUCUGGCUGCUUGUGUGGUAGCUUGCGUUGGCUUAGUAUGGAUGCAGGUUGCCCUCAAGGAAGAUCUGGAUGCGCUAAAGGAAAAAUUUCGAACUAUGGAAUCUUACCAAAAAACAUCAUUCCAAGAGAUCCCCAAAUUAAAUGAAGAUCUGCUUGAUAAGCAAAAGCACCUUGAGAAAAUAGAGACUGGAGACAUGGGACUAAAUAAAAUUUGGAUAAAUAUCACUGAGAUCAAUAAACAGAUAUUGUUUUUGACAUCAGCAGUAAAUCACCUCAAAGCCAACAUCAAAUCUGCUUCUGACUUGAUUACUCUUCCUGUUACUGUAGAGGAACUUCAGAAGAGCGUAGCUACUAUUGGUAGCACUCUAACCAGUGUGGCUCAUGAUGUUGAGACUAUGCAGGCGGCGAUUGACGAACACAAGAAAACCACAGAGAGGCUCCAGAAUGAUUUGAAUGAAUACAUUAAAGAAAAUGGAGAAGAACAGGUAUCUUCACUUUCCGCCACCGCCAGUCCAAGAAUUAGCAAUAGAAAUCAGACGGAGAAUUGUAAACAGGAUAACCAGUUCCUGCACGCCAAGGUAGAAGAGAUAAAUGCUUCCUUAGUGGCGUACCAAAAGCUCAAUGAUCUAAAGCUUCUAAGUAUGGAUACAGCAAUCAGUAAUAUAACUCAGAGGCUUACAUGGCUAGAAAACUCUGUGGUUGCUGUGAAUACGUUGGAAAACAGGGCGAAUUUGUCCAUUAGUGCGGUGGGUAAUACAACUACCUCCCCAAAAGUGGAAAGUCAAGAUCAACCAGAGAAUGAAACUGCUACAGAAAAAGCACAGAAUGCAAAGAAAAUAGAAAAUGUAGAUCCUCAGGUAUCAAAACUAAGAGAGAAGCUUCAGCUGAUCAAUGCUCUCACAAGCAAGCCAGAAAAUGAAAGAUCUCUUGAGGCAUCAAUAAAAGGUGGAAAAAUGCAGACUGCUACAUCAAAGCCUACAAAUCUUCCAAAACUUUUAUCAAGAUCACUUGGAGUCAAGAUGGAGAGAAAUGGACACCCAAGACGCUUGUCGAUACCAGGAAUUGCCACCAUAAAAGAUCUUCAGGAUUUGUUUGAAAAGACAGAUCAAGGCAUUGGUGGAAAGCUAUCCUAUGAAGAUCUCCAAACUCUGGUUGGCUUGGCAAUACAAGAGCCACAGAGCUAUAAGGAAUUUGAUACAGACGGGGAUGAAAAAUACUCAUUACCAGAACUGAGAUUAGCUUUAGGUGUAUAGCAUAAAUAUUUAGAAAUGCAGUAUUGAUGAACUUUACUAUAGCUACUGAAAACUGCAAAAGCUACGUCUGCACUUUGCCCAACGUCCUUCAAAUAUUUGGAGCUAACUUUAUGUACAUGUUGCCACCUUUUUAAUUUGCAUUCUUUGGAUAUAUUGAAAGAUUUUUUUUAAAGGGUUUCAUCUAUGGCAUAAUGUUAGGAAGUUCCUUCAAAAUUCCAGGAAGAUCAUAAACUCAAACUGUUAGGAAUCCUCAGCCAACAUUUUCUUUCCCUUUAAGGGGCAUUCUUGUGUUUAAAUUGGAACAUGUGUACAUCUAGACAAACCCAUGUUUUAUAUUUCACAUAAAUUUGCCUUAAAUUAGAGAGCUGCACUUUAUAUAGAGCCAGAAGAAAUCUGUCUUUAAAAGGUAGGCCUUUUCUGCUUGUAAAUAUUUGAAAUAGAGUAAAUUAUGCAUAUUUUAGGGAGGGGGGCGUUUUCAGGGCUGUGUUGAUGACCAAGCUGGUUUCUAAACCAUAAUGCAGGAUAGUCUGAAGGCAGAGGGUAUUUCAGUUUCCACUUGGAUUUGAAUGGCCAGUGCAUCCGGGGAUGGUAUUUGAGUUCAAACUGAGGCAGAUGCAAGGCAUGAUUUCGCAUGCCAUCCUACAGAGGGCUUUCAUUUUAAGAGGCAAGGAGUGAGAAAUGUAUUGUUUUGUUUUACAUCCUGAGCCCAUCAGAAUAAUGACAUGACUGGGACUAGGUAAGGUAGCUGUUUAUGACCCAGUUCAGUGUUUCCUUUUAACUCUGUUGCAUCCAGGGUUAUAAUUUGUGGGAGGAGGGUGGCUAUAAGGAGGAAGCUAUUGGAACAUUUUAAUUGACUCUUAGUUUAAAGCAAGCUUGUCCCCUGAAGCUGCUGCUGGCUGCCAUCUUGACAAGGUAACUUGCACCCCUAUUACGCUCCAUGUAUCUGGCAAGCUCACAAGUGUGAUAAUGGUCUCCCUGACUGGGGUUGGUGUUAUUUUUAACAGAGCUGACACUCCCAGUUUCUUCCUUCUAAUAUUGUUUCAUGUUAUUAGUCUACCCAAGACCAAGAGCAGUUUGUUUCUAAACAAGCCUCUUUGUGCUGCAGUGUCACCAACAGGAUGGGAAAGCCUACAAUAAAGAGAACUUGGAUGCAGUUUCCUUGCUGCAUGAAUGUUCAUAGUUCUUAGGGUCUUAGACAACUGUGCAUUCCUCUCAAAGGGGGACAAAAGGCAGGUGCAGGGUAAGAUUGUACAACAUAUAUUUUUUUAUUGAUGAGUGCAAUAUAAAUUUUCUUUACUAUAGGUACUGCUUUGAUCUUGAAACAAAUAUCCACACCCAAAAAGAACAUACUAAUAUGUUCAUAUUAUAAAUAUUAUGAAUCAACUUGAAGACCGCAAUAUCCAGAAACUUUUUCUGGAACAUACAAAAAGGCUUUUGCAGAACGUUGUCUCCCUCAGGCCAGAUCAGGGACAAAUUAGACUUUAUACAAAUUGUUUCAUUGGCCACAAGCAUAAUUCAUAGCUCUUUUUUUUUAUGGUCAUUUAAAUAUUGAUUUAGUGGACUGUAAAAUAUACCGAUGGUCUAUUGACAUGGGUUAUCUGGAAGUCUGUUCAUAGUGUAGUUUUAUGUAACUUUGAAUGGGAUGCUUAUAAUUUUACAAGGAAAUAUUCUCUGGAAGUAGUCAAAUCCGUGAAAGGUUUAGCAAAAUGGAACCCUUUCCUAGGUUAUCUAGUCUGUUUCACCAUCACUCUUACUGUCCUGUUUUGGGCAUGUUUGCUUUGCCCAACAGGGAGAUGCUUUCAUUGAUGUGAAGUUUUGAAAUGCAGUAUAACCUGGCUUCUAAGGCAAGUAGAAGUCAACACUCACUGCUUUUGACCAGUUUCCACACCCCUUUUAUACACUUCUGUAUAAAUCCCUUAACCAAAUAAAAAUUCUAGCAAUAAAAAAUAA